ACCCCGCUUGUCCGUGCUAUUAUGCGCUACAACACACUGCAUACACUACCACCGGCCGCACUACUGGACCAUGUAGGCCUACCACAACGUUUCCUGGCGAAGUAAAAUCAUAAGAUUUCUCAAAAUUCCCAUCAAGUUUUAGAACCAGUAAACUGUUGUAAUUAGAGUGACGAUGAGUGGCCUAGAAAUACUGGUACUGCAAACAGGAGGUACAAUUGACAAAGAUUACCCGAGGCGUAUGGGAGGCUAUGCCUUCGAAAUCGGGGAAUCUGCUUUGUGUGACAUGAUGCAGCGAAUACAGCCAGACGUAAAGUUUGAGUUCAAAGCAGUGUGCAGGAAAGAUAGUCAAGAUAUCGUGGAUGAAGAUAGCUAUGCCCCCUGGUGUCCUGCCUGCAAGGCCAUCGCUCCUGUCUGGACGGAGUUCUCAACACAGGAUAAAGUUCUCGGCAUUCAAGUGGGCGAGGUUGACGUGAGUGCCUCACCGGGAUUGAGCGGUCGCUUCCUGGUCACUUCCCUGCCCACCUUCUACCAUGUGCGCAAUGGUGAGUUCCGAGUCUACACCGGUUCCCGGGGUAAAGAUGACUUUACAGGUUACAUUGCACACGGACGAUACGAGGAACUUACCCCAGUACCAGCAUGGAAAGCCCCAAACUCAAUCAUAAUGACUGUCGUCUCGCUGAUAUUCCAGUUGUCAAUGAAAGUGAGGCACUUUCAUUUACUGAUGACCACAGAGUAUGGUUUCCCAGCAUGGAGUGUCUAUGGUUUCUUUGCUGUGUGUACAGUGUCCAUGGGGCUCAUACUCGGCAUGAUCUUGGUAUUCAUCACCGAUUGCAUCUGCCCCACUAAGCGACCGACAAGACCCCUGGAAUCUGGGACCGCGCCAGAAGACGAACAAGAAGAAGAACCUAUCAGCAAAACGAAAGAUAAAGACGAAGACGAAGAGGAAGAAACACAGGAUCAACCCACACCCGCUGCCGACGAGACAACCGACCAAUCAGGGGACACCUCUCUCAGAAAACGAAAAACUGAGACGGAAACCACUGACGACAAAAACUGAGUCAGGACUCUCCCAAUUUGGUUUGCUUUCUGCAGACAGGAUGAAAAUCAUCAACUCUUCUUUUUACCUUUUUAAGAAUAAAAUUCAAAGUUUGGGAUUCUGCUUUUUUUAUUUGGUAAUUUGUUUGAUUUUUGGUGUGGAUUUACAAUUGUUUUGUUGCUUGACUUGCUCCCUGUGUGCAGCAGCGAUACUGGGGCAGUGCAAUAGUGUGGCAACAUUAGUGAGAACAUGGAUUA